AUGGAAGCAGUGGAAGCCACUAACAAGCCAAUUCCCAGUACUCACAACCUGAUAACUCUGAAUCAGAAGCCAAUUAGGGAAAUCAAAUACAACAGCGAUGGUGACUUCAUUUUUGGAUGCUCACAGGAUGCAAUCACAACAAUGACAAACAGAAAUGGUCAGGUGAUUGGGACAUUUGAACGAGACGGUGGUGCAGUCAACACGCUCCUUCCACUCGAAUGCACCCUGAUCACUGCUUCAUCCGACACCAAACUGGUUUCCUGGGACAUUUUGACUGGAAAAAUGCUCUCUGAAUUGGAGACUGAUUCGAUCGUACGAGCCAUUGAUGGAUCAGAAAGUGCCCUCUACAUCGCCAGUGACAACUCAAUGGGAAUUCAGGGCUACAUCGGUCGAGUUGAUCUCAGAACGAACAAAAUAGAGAGACUCUUUAUGCCAACUGUUUCUUCAACGAAGGGUUUCAUCAAGGACGACUGCUUCAUCUGUGGAAAUGAGAUUGGUGAAGUCCACAAGUACGGCACAAUGAGCCAGGAGACCAGCACAACCAAGCCACACCACCUCAAAAUCACCAGCCUGAAUCCCAGUGCCUGCAAAUCGUUCUUUGUCACGUCCUCGCUUGAUUCCACCAUAAAAAUCGUCGAUUCAGGAAGCCUUGAGACGAAGAAGAAGUUCAAGGCGGAGGAGCCAGUGAAUUCAGCUGCAAUCUUCCCCACAAAUGACAUUGUGAUAUCCGGGGGCGGAAUCAAUGCACGAGACGUGACCACGACAAAGGGCAAAUCAACGUUUGACACCUGCUUCUACGACAUCGUCACCACGCAUCGAGUUGGCUUCUACAACGCCCACAUCGGCCCAAUCAACAGCGUAGCAGUUGCACCGGACGGAAAGCAGGUUGCGACUGGCGGAGAAGACGGCAGAAUCGCACUGGUUCAAAUGGGCGACGAUUUCAGGUCAGGCGGCUUCACAAGCCUCUUUCAGUCAGAAUAG